UCAAUUGCAAAUUUUUAUCUCUACUGUCUACGUAGAUAAUAGUGCGUGAUAUAUAUUCCUAGCGGAAUUCUCUUUGGGCCCACAUUCUCUUAACAUUUGUACGAAAUGGCAAAUUUGGUAUCGUUUGCGCCGGGCUGUCCAAUCUUGCGCUUCCGCUUCGGUAGAAUCAAGUAUCGACGGUAUUUAAACGAAAGUGUCAAGUUACUGCGGCCAGUCCGCGUCAACAGUCGGUUAUAGCCAGGAUCCUAUCCGUCUUACCUAGCCGUCAUUUAUUCCGAGUGAAUAGACAACACGAUGUCACGCGUAUUUGUUCUCUUCGUGCUUUUCAUCGUCAGCAUUGCUGUUCAAUUCGGCGAUUGCCAAAACAACCGACCGGAAUGUGAAGAUGUGAAUAUCAAACCUGGUUCCGAUCCAGCCCGUCUAUCGUAUCUCGAAGUAUUUUUGAAGGGAGUAUCAGCGCCCUCAGAUUGGCUGAACAAACUCCUCGGAAGGAACAAGAAAAAUUCGUUUGAAGGAGGAUCCUACAGCACCGUUUUAGAUAAAUACGAAAAAGAGGUUCACGCGGUCUUUCCAGGGACAGUCUGGUGUGGUGAUGGAAAUAAAGCAAAAACGGAGGAUGAUCUCGGUUUUUUGAAGCAAACAGACGCCUGUUGCAGAGAGCAUGAUAAUUGCGCUCACAAUAUCUUAGCCGGCGAACCGGAGGGCAAUCUCUUGAACAACGGAAUUUUCACAAAAUCCGCUUGCGUUUGCGACUACAAGUUCUAUGAUUGUCUGAAAAACGUCAACGGCUUCUGGGCUUUCAAUAUCGGAAAGACAUAUUUCAACGUACUGGGACCGCAGUGUUUCCGAUGUGCGUGCCCGACGGAAGGUUGCAAACCUGGAGACGGCACGGAAUGUAAGAACCAUUGCAAGAAAUACGAAUGGGUCGACAGUCGCAAAUAUUAAUAACUUAAAUUGAGCUGACCGUUAUAAUUGCCGACAUUGCAAUAUUAUAAAAUAAAAGAAGAUCCUUUAAUUUCGAAGCUUUUGUCUUAGGUAUAAAAUCUUUAAGAUCUUUAAGAAUAUAAUCUUGAUGUAAAUAUCUUUCCAGUUCCGUUAUUCUUGAUAAGAACUGUAUGUCUUAAUUUUGAUUUUGAUUUUUAAUAGAGACAGAAAUAAUGAUUCUUAGAUUAAGACAGAUAAAAAAUUACUAACUAUACUUUUGAGAAACUAUUACUAUGCAUAAUGUACUUUAAAACUACGUUUUAAUAUAUGUGCGUUGUAAUAUAUGUUAUAUAUAAUGUACAAUACAAAUAAAACAGAACUUGCAUUAUAA